UUUCAAAACAAAAUAUUAUCAUGCUGCGCGAUUCGACUACAAUUCAGAAGAACGACCAUCAGAAUAGCUUUGCCUUCAAUCAUGAACAGUUCAUCAGUAAUCUUCAGUCUCGGGGUUCUUGGAAUUGCGAUCAUCACUGGAAGUGCAGCCAACACUAUAACUUUUCAACCAGGAAUAUCGUACUCCUGGAUUAUACCACCCCAAAGUCGACCCCCGUCAUUAUCACAGGAUAGACCCUCUGAUGAUACAACAUUUGAUCAACGAAAUGAAUCUCCGAUUGCACCAAUUGGUGGCUAUGGACAUCCACCAUUUUAUCUUCGCCAUUCACACGAACAACUAAGUCUUCCCAAUGAAUUCCUCAUUUCAUCAUCCAACAGCGACUCUCAGAGGAAUGGCGGUGGCGGAGGUUUCUCCCCAAUGCCCUUAUUCCGACAACUCGAUCCGGUUGAUUGCGAUGGUGACCCGACCUGUCCAAAUUUUGAUAUUACCCAACAGCAACAGGAACAGCAUCAUCGUCAACAGAGUCCCACAACAAUUCACCAAAGCAAUAUUGAUGCUAUCCCAUUCCCUUCGUCAUCGCCAGCCAUUACACCACCAUCAGACUAUCGUCAGCAACCUCAACCUGAUGCCUCACUAGGGCAACCUGUCAGUUGGCCAGGUAGCCUUGUUGGCGCUGGCGCUGGCGGUGGAGGUGGCAAUGGUGAUGGUAUUGGUCUUCUAUUCUUCGUGCCAGAAUCAGCAUCUCAUUUGCCGGUGGAGCAAUUGAUUCGCCAGCAACUGGCCCUGCAUCGGACGCAGUUUCCAAUUGACAUCUCAAUAAAUUGUGAGGAUGCCGUUGGCUCUAGUUGCCGUGGUCGUAGCCGUCCUCCUGCUGUCAGACUUAUAAAUUUGCUUCCACCACCACCACCACUUCGAUCAAUUGUAAGGAAUACUGAAAAUGGUAAUUAUGCAAGUUUACCUCUAGAUGAAAUUGACAAUGGCAAUAGCAGUGGUAGUGGCAUCAGUGGAGGAGGCAAACUCGAUAGCUACGAGCUAAAUCGAAAAUGGAGGACUAUCGGUGAAAGGCUUGUUCGAAACAAUCUGCAGCAGCGACAACAACAUCUACAACAAGAGCAGCAGCAGUGGCAAUUGCAACAAAAUCAGCAAGAGUUGUCAAUAGGACCGUAAAAUAUUUGCGAUCCUUGCAUUUUGCAUCCCAACCACCAACGACCAACGACCCACGACCGACUACUGACGACGACGACAACUAGGACGACAAUUUAUAUAUGAAAACGUUUCCCUUCGAUAAGAAUACAUCUCCUAUAAUACAUUAGGAAGAAGGUCUAUCCUAUGCACUCUACCAUUCGGAACCACCCAUCAGCUAACUAGGACUUACGCAAUUUAAUUGGCCAACAAUUACCAAACAUCCCGUGAGGAUUAAUUUUUGGUAAUGCGAAACAGUGGAGCCUUAAAGUUAAAUCUGGACAAAAAAUAAUGGAAACUUAAUAAAAUCUAACCUAACUGUCAUUUUUGACAGAUGUCAAGUUUUA